CUGCAUACUGUCGUCUGUCGUGUAUUUGUCAAAAUUGAAUCUUCUUUUUGCUUGAAUGGCGUAUUAAAAUGUUUUGCUGUGUCGACAAUUUCUUCUAGAUUUAUUCUCUGCAAGAAUAUCUCUGAAAUCUCCUUCCAAUUACAGACGUUUCUUCAAACAACAUAUUUAUGGAAGGAAUUCUAUGGAAGUGGACAAACUAUUGGAGUGGUUGGCAGACAAGAUGGUUUACCUUAGAAGAUGGCAUUUUAUCCUACUAUAUGUCACGUGAUGAGGUAGGCCAAGGCUGUAAGGGAUCUAUGAAAGUGUCCGCCCUAGAAAUAAUAGUAAGCAACAUAGACAGCACCCGUAUGGACCUUGUGGUGCCAGGGGACGCGAGGAGAGUAAUGUAUCUAAGAGCGGCAACCUCCUAUGACAGACAACGAUGGCUGGUAGCACUGGGAAGCUCCAAGGCAUGUCUAACCACCGCACCACUCUCCACAGCCACCUCAAAUGGUACCACACCUGUGGUGCUUGCUUCAGGUGACUCGUUUCGAGGCAAAAAGGUGGAGCUUCGAAUCUAUGCAGACCUUCUAAUGCAGCAGGUGCAUAUGGUUAAAGAGGCUGCUAAAAGUCAAGAUAUUCAGACAAUGGUGGAAGGAACAAAUCUGAUAGCGGCCACGUGUGAUACGCUGGUGAAAAACCUGGAAGAUUACAUAGAGCUGGUUUCUGACGAUGACAAGGAUGACAAAAGUCAUCUCAACGAUACGGGCAUCGACUCCUUUCACAACAACACCAACAAUAAACUCACAAAGGCUAGGAGAUACAAUAAUUCAUUUGAAAAAAAAACCUGAACUGAAAUGGACUCUCCCAACCGCCAUAUGCAAUAGAUCCCGCCUGUCAUAACUGCAAUGUUACAACGGGUUAGCUCCGUCUAUUAUAUAGUACAAUUUAUUAUUGAAUUAUGUACAUUGAAACAAAAUAAUACACCACAAUUUUAUACAAUUUUGUAUUUGUACAAUAGUAAUGUGUGCUGCUGAGUGUUCAGUCGAAUUUUAUGAUACUGGUAAUACAAAUGUUUAUUGUUGAUAUGAUAUAAAAAAUAUGAUAAUAUGAUGUAUAAAUAAUGUUAAAUAUAUUAUCGGUUACCAAUAUUGAUUCAGUCAUGGAAAAUAUCUUAUUUAUGUGUUGUUUUCCAAUGUAAAAGUAUUGUUGAUUCAUCAACAAUGUAAAAUAAGUUGAUUUUCUGUUGAAUAGAUCUGUUAAGGCAUAGAUAAAGCAUAAUAAGAUAUCCCAUGGUAUGAGUCGUUCAUGUUCCAAAUUUCAAGCCGCUUUUUUGUCAACUCAAGCCGAUUACUGUCGACUAUUGUCUGUUAUUACUGUUUUGACCGGGUGAGAGUGUAAGAAGGUUAUGUUCCAAAUUUCACUGUUAACUCAAGCCGGUUACUGUCGACUACUGUAUGUUAUUACUGUAUUGUUGGGGUGAGAGUGUAAGAACGGCACAGUAUGAGAGACUACCAGCGACAGAUAGCUUCAAUAUAAAGAACCACUAGGACUAUCGCCUUGAGUUAACAGUGGAAAUUUAAACAUAAACGCCCUAUACCAUGGGAUAUCUUCACAUUCUAUAUUUUCUUAAGCUAUAAGUUAGUUAGCAUUGGCUUCCAAUUAUUAAUUUUCUUUAAGUUUAAUUUAGAUGGAUUAUAUCAACCAACUUAAUUGAAAUUUAAGUGUGAUUUAUUUCAUUUGUUACAUUAGUAUUGAAAUGGAAAUUGUAAAGUCUAUUCAAAAUGGAAUGAACCAGAUGCAUUGAUUUAGAUAAAUAUAUUUUUGUGUAUUUUUUUAUUUGUUACUUUUUAUCAUGUUAUUUAUUGGGUGCGACAUUUGUUCAUACUAUGGGAAUGAACCAGAUUUAAGUUAUCAAUAAUCAAUAAUUAUUAUCAUUUAUCAGUAAUCAUCAGUUAUCAAUAAUUAUUUUAAUUAAUUGUUCCGGUACUUACUUAUUCUAUAUUUUGUACUUAAUUUUCAUCCAUGUGCUUUGUUCAGUUAUGAGUUUGAAUAUUGUUAGAUCUUAUCUAAAUUCUAAUAGAAAAUAUUUUAUUUCCGCUAAAUAAAACUGCGAUGAUGUACUAAUCUUGAAAGCUGUUUUUUGCAUAUUGAGUUUUAUAAAUUAUUUUGUUCAAUUAUUAUCAUAUUGAACUAUUUUGUAAAAUUAUCUUGGAAGAGCAGAUUAGUGUUCCAUAUUAUUUGCUUCAUAAGUUAUUAUUAUCUACUUCCAAAUUGAAAGAAUAAGACUGAUAUUGUCUUAUUCUUGUAUGGAGAAAUAAAACAACAUCUCAUACCAUACAAUCAAAUUAUUACGUCCAAAUUAUUAUUUACUCACACAUUAUCAUCUCCUUCCAAUUGUAAAUUCACAGAUUUAUAUGAAUUUUUUAACAACUUCUCCAUGUAGGUAACUAUCGAGAAAAUGUCAACAAGAGACAAUGAAAUUCAGGUUUGAAAGUAAAUAAACGUUCCUAUUAGUCAUUGCAUUCAUAAAUUCAAAUUUGUGAUUAGUAGUCAUUGAAUCUCUAUUAGUCAUUGGAUUUAUCUAUUUAAAUUCUUGGUGAAAAUAGUGAGAUUUACUUUAAACUGUUGACAUUGGUGUUAUUUUUUGAGAAAAGUUGACAGCUUAAAGUGAGUAUGGUCACUAUAUAGAUAAUAUUGUUAUCCGUUCCAAGUAGGCUAGGCUGUAUAGAUACAACUUCUUCCUAAUCACUCAGGCUAUAUAGUGAGGUCCACGUUAUAAUGGCAGUGGAGAAAGAUAGAGGAGAACAACGUUGCCGAUCCUCUGUCUUAUCAAUGCCUUCUAUAGACGGUAGCUGAUACAGGUUUAUUAAUGUAAUAUUAACUGUUCAUUCUCGUUUAGAAUAAUCCAGCAUAUUUUAUUAAGCAAGAAAUUAUAUUUCUCAAUAAUUUUAUAAUGAAUUUUCAUAAUUAUGAUGAAAUAUUCUGUUAAUUAAUUAGCCUACUUAUUCUACAUUGUUAAAAGACGAUCCAGCAACAGAGCGAAGCGAGAAAGAGAUAGCGCUAUCCGCUUUGUUGAAUGAUAGAUAAGGAUAGCAAUACCAUUGCUAAUCAAACACUGCCAUUAUAACGUGGACCUCACUAUAGUAUAAUGGGAUUAUUUCAAUGUAGUGUUACUUGUGUUAUUUUUCAAGUUAAUUGUUUGCAUAUUGAGUUGUAAAUUAAAUUAUUUCAUUUACUUACAUUUUGUAAAGUUUUCAAUCCAAAUAGGUGCAUUGUAUUUAGAAAUGUAUUUGUGAUGUAAGCUUAUCUACAAUAGGCUACAUACGGUAGCUUGAAUGUUAAUGUUUAAAACUAGCUAUCGUUGUGAAAAUUGCAUAAAUUUCAUUGGGAAUUAAUAGAUAAUUCUAAAUUAAAAUUUACAUGGUCAAUGGUUGUUAUGAUGCUUAUAAAAUGUCUUCUACACAUUAAAUAAAGUUAAAAUUUGGAUGUGCUUGAAAUUUUGAUAAGCUGAUCUCAUCUGAGCCUAGAAAAUGCCAAAGAAUACUCAAAAGUCAACGUUUUGAUGUGCUAAGAAAAUUUGUCCCAUUUUUACUUACUACAAAAAAUCACUAAUUUAUUUUGAUUCACUCAAACUUACUUCUAUCAUUUAUUAUUAAGGCUGUUUUCUUAUUAUAUAUUUAUUGUUGAAUCAUUAUAAUAAUUGAAAAAUUCAACUGAAAAAACAUAUUUCAAAGGCUCUUCAACCCAUACUAGUCAUGAAAUUCUAUAAAAUAUUGGGUUACAAAAUCUUAGAUUACAAUCAUAUCAUGUUGAAUCUUAUCUAUUUCUGUUUGCCUAUUUACUGUAAAGGUUGUCACUGAAUACUUCAUUUGUUCAUUUCUUACUUGAAAACACUAAAUUCUUGUUUUGUCUAUAAUUCUAUCCUAUCUAGGUAUAAAGAAUAAAUAAAAUUGAAUUAAAUUACGCUUGAAAACAUGUCUCAAUAAUCAAACUGGACUACUAAUUUUACUAGAAUAAAAAAACCUUCAAAUCAUUCAUGUUUAGUUAAAUAGUCACUUUUUACUCAUCUAUUAUUUAGAAUUUGGACAAUAUUUUUUGAAUGCUUGAUGUUUUGCAAUGGGGCCCAAUAUUGUUCUAUUUUAUGUCUUAUAA